UCUUGACCCGGAAGUGAUGUCUGCGGAGAGUUUUCCUGCUAUUUUUGCGGUGCUAAUUUUAGUUUCGCUACCGGCAGCUUCUCGCGUAUUCGUCUGAAUGUGUGGAUAAAUAUUUAUAUAUGUCUUUCGUAAGCUUACUAUUUAAGUAAAGACACAUUGUUUCGAGGAGAGAUGGAGUUUUUGAACCAGAGUGGGUCCAGACAGCGUAAGUUACAGCCGAAGAUCAGGAUGAGAGGCACCACGAUGGACCCCAGUGACCCCAGUCCGUUAUUUGAGGACACUAGUGCCGGGGUGAACAAACACGAUCACAGCGGUGUGGGAAAAGGGCCUGAUGUGUAUCCAGGACAGGCCUUGCUGUCGGACCCCAUGUCUAACCUCGCCAUGGCCUACGGCAGCAGUCUCGCCUCCCACGGCAAAGAGAUGAUGGACAAGAACCUGGAUCGAUUCAUCCCCAUCUCUAAGUUAAAGUACUAUUUUGCAGUAGACACGGUUUAUGUUGGCAAAAAGCUUGGACUGCUGGUUUUUCCCUACAUGCAUGAAAACUGGGAGGUGAGCUAUCAGCAGGAUACACCAGUUGCACCACGGUUUGAUAUCAACGCCCCUGAUCUGUACAUUCCCGUGAUGGGUUUCAUUACGUAUGUCCUGGUUGCAGGACUGGCUCUGGGCACACAGAACCGGUUUUCUCCAGAGAUUCUUGGGAUUCAGGCCAGCUCGGCCUUGGUGUGGCUCAUUAUCGAGGUUUUGGCUGUGCUCCUCAGUCUUUAUCUGGUGACCGUUAACACUGACCUCACCACCAUCGACCUGGUGGCCUUUUCUGGAUACAAAUAUGUUGGGAUGAUUGUGGGAGUUGUGGCAGGACUUCUGUUUGGCCGGACCGGAUAUUACCUCUCACUGCUGUGGUGCUGCAUCUCUAUUUUUGUCUUUACGAUUCGGACACUACGGUUAAAGAUCCUAUCUGAGGCCGCUGCGGAGGGACGGUUAGUGCGAGGAGCCAAAAACCAGCUGCGAAUGUACCUGACCAUGGCCAUCGCUGCAGCACAACCUGUGUUCAUGUACUGGCUGACCUUCCACCUGGUCAGAUAAGAACCGCGGAUGCCGUCGAGGAACGGCCAUGUUGUUUCUACCACAAACGAAAGCUCCUCGUCUAUAGAGACAUACGCCUAUUUGCACACGUAAUAAUAAACCAAUGGACACGCGUUGUGCAGCCUCAUAGCACAAUAUGAAUCAUCUGAACUGUAAUUGCCCAGCUGUCUUUUGUAUGUUUUUGGUUUGUACAUUUCUAGGAGUUUUUGUUGGCUUUUGUUUUGUAUAAUGUACAGUGUAAUUGUGUUUUAAAAAGAAUGUCAAUGUCUUUAUGUUUGCAAACAAAAGGGGUUGUCCAGAUGCUAUGACUGUGCCAGGCCGCCGAACACCUGUCGUGUAUGUAAAUGUUUUAUAACCACAAACCGAAUGAAACCGGCUCUGUACGAUGUCUGUUGUGGAUGUGUAUUGAUUGCUUUGAAAUUAGUAAAUCGCUCUUUCUUGUUGCCACUGUAACAGAUGCAUAAAGAGUCUUAAGGUCAGACAGCCUUCAUGCUUAAUGCAGUUUUUUACAAACUUGCUUCAUACAUUUCAGGGUCAAUUGCAGUUUUUUCUUUCAUAAAACGGACAUGAAAUAAAUGGAUGUUCUCAGGA